AUGACGGUCCCCUAUCAUGGGGAUGUGGCCAACGUCUCGCUUGGCUCAUGGAUGAAGCUGGUCUUCAGAUGGAGGGGCAGUGUCUGGAAAUCAGUACUCACCGAACUUCUCAUCUGGCUCGGCUGCUACUACGUCACCAUGUUCAUCUACCGCAGCGAUCUCGUGCUGUCCCACCGUGGCCAAGAGAGCUUCGAGCGGUUAGUGGCCCAUGUGAAUGCGAGGGUGUCGAGGAUUCCGCUCACUUUCAUGCUCGGCUUCUUCGUCAGUCAGGUGGUGGACAGGUGGCGGCAAGUGUUGCUCAAUAUGGGAUAUAUUGAAAACGCUGCCCUAACGGCGGCGUCCCUGGUGAGGGGUAACGACGAGAGGACGCGCAUCAUCCGCCGUUCCAUGGUUCGCUAUCUGGUUCUCUCGCAGGUGCUGGUCUUCCGGGAUAUCGCCAUUUCGGUGCGGCGGCGUUUCCCUACGAUGCGCUCCAUCGUACAGGCUGGGUUCCUCCAAGACCACGAGUUGGAAAUGCUCGAAAAAGUGAAGCUCGACGACAACUACAACAAGUACUGGGUGCCGAUAAAUUGGGCGUGUGCGCUGUGCUUUAAGCUCCGCGACAUCAGCCAACCAAACCAGGACCCGAACGUGCACGGGUUGAUGCACGUCAGCCAUAUGAAUUAUUUGCUGAAUGAAUUCAAAUUCUUCCGCAACAACCUCCAGACCCUAUGCAAUUUCGACUGGGUCCCGAUCCCACUCGCCUAUCCACAGGUCGUGUUCCUGUCGGUGCGCGUCUACUUCCUCAUCUGUAUCGUAGGCCGUCAAUUUAUCGUCGGUCAGGAUAGCCCGAAUCGCACCCAGAUCGACCUGUACUUCCCGAUGAUGACGGUCCUUGAGUUCAUCUUCUUCGUCGGGUGGAUGAGGGUGGCCGAGGCGCUGCUCAACCCGUUCGGCGAGGACGACGACGAUUUCGAGUGCAACUUUCUUAUCGACAAGAAUAUUGCGACGGGUCUGGCCAUCGUCGACGCCUACGACGAGCACCCGGUGCUGAACAUGGAUCAGUUUAAGACUCAGCAAGGCCCAAUCUACUCUGAGGAGAGCCAGAAGCAUGGUCAUCACCAGAAUGUGCUUGUCGGAUCGGUGGCACAGGUCAACCUAGCCAAACCCGACGACGACGUGAAGAUGGUCGAGCUACAGCCCCUAUCCGCUGCCCCAUCUACCGAAUCCGUGCCCACAUUUGCCCAGAGCUUCAUGUCAAAUUUGCGGCCUCGCAAGAAGACGCGCGAGUUUAGCCUGCGACCGGCCCACCGCGUCCGCUCGCACUCCACCAACUUUGCCCCGGUCUCCCCGAAUCCGACCGAAUCCCCCAAGUACAGCUUCUGCUCCCCGACGGCGUCGAUAGGAAUGUCGCGGUACCCGUCGCAGGUCUCCCGAUAUCACUCGUCGACGGAGGGACCGUUUGAUAUAUCUUUUGCUCCCUCGGUUCUGGCCAACGACGUGGUGCACGAGGUGGACCUCGAGGAGGAGGACGUCAGCCUAGGCCGAUCAAAGCACUUCAAACCCCACCACAUCGCCAGCAGGAUCAGUGAAGUCAGCGAGGAGGACCAGUCGCCAGUUGCCGAAGAAAAAUUCGCCCUGUCGCUGGAGAAGAUCUCGGAACGCGGGUCGGUGGAACAGCUGAAGAAAGAGAAA